CUGUGUAGCUUUGUCCGUGAUGGGAGGAGGACGUGCUGUGUGUGUCCGCCUCGCUGCCAAGGUUCAUGGCUCUGCUGGGUUGUGAUCUGCAUCAUUUGGAGUGGUUCUAUACCGGUUCCAUUAGCUCUCCCACCUGUGCCGCGGCGUGUGCAGUGAUGUGAGUUGUGGCUGGCAGUGUCUGGAGCUGUGAUCGUUUAGGCAAGGGAGUUUUUCCAAAGGCCACUCGGAUUACAGGCCCCCUAUCUUGACCCUCUUCCCCCCCCAUAACUGCAGGAAAGAUGGGCUCCAGAAAUAUACCCAGCGAUAAGAUCAACUUACGCCUCAUCCUGGUGAGUGGCAAGACGAAGGAGUUCCUGUUCAGUCCCAGUGAGUCAGCGGGGGACAUAGCCCAGUUCGUCUUCGAUAAUUGGCCCCAGGAAUGGGUGGAUGAGAGUGUGAGCAAAGCAGAGAUCCUGCGCCUCAUCUACCAAGGGAGGUUCCUGCACGGCAACGUGACGCUUGGUGCCCUCGGCCUCCCAGCGGGCAAGACCUGUGUCAUGCACCUUGUGCCCAGAGAAAACCUCCCAGAACCAAACUCUCAAGACCAGCGACAGAAGAGCAAGGGCGGCUCCUCCAGCUGCUGCUCUGCCUCAUGUGCCAUUCUCUAGUGGCCUGCUGCUGCUGCUGCUGCUGCCACUGCCGCCACCUUACCUCUACCACCACCACCACUACCACCACCACCUCUACAGCUACCACAAGCUACACACACCUGUGACCAUCCACUGCCUGCCAGACACCAAGAUCAUCCCCACUGUAGGAGAAAAAAAGAGGACUUCAUGUAGAAGAUGCCAUCAUGUUGCCUCACAUCUAGGGAAGCCAGCAAGUGGAGAACCAAGACGCUGGCAUUAUGAAGCGAGGCACUGCCCUUCCGUGCUCCAGGACGGUACAGCUGGCCUUGCAGGGAGCCCAAGAGAGGCGGACAGUGCUUGUGCUUGGUGUGAGUGACGUAUGGCAAAUUUGUCCGUGCUCAGGUGUAUGUGAGACUCCGUGGGGCUGAAUUCGUCACUAGCUGAGGUAGACAGAGCACAGAGCUGUUAAAGAAACAUUGUAGUUAGAUAUGUUGGGUGAGGGAUUGUACCAGUGCUCAGGAGGAACAGUGAGAGUGCGAGAAGACGCUCCUUCCCUUCACUGUGCUGUCUGGUGGUGAUGGUGGUGACGGUGGUGGUUGGGAGUGACUCUGAGGUGGUGUGUGUUGUGGGUGUGACUUGCACCUCCCCUCCAAGACUGCCAUUUCUGAGCACCAGAUACUAAUGAUCGUUGUCUUGCUUAAAUCUUGGUAUCUUCUUAUUUCUCAAGGUCACAAAUAUUGAAGAAUACUUUAUUGUUAUUACUCUAUGCUUAUUAAAAAAAUAUAUAAAUACCAUGUAUGUUUGUGUGUGUUGAAGACAUGUUAAGGUUACCAGUGAUAUGAGUAGUGAGCACUGUCAAGGCUGGCCAGAUAGAAAGAGCAGGAACUGUUGAGAGCAGGAGAGACUGUGAUGGACUUCUUCCCCUCAGCAAGCCCACUGCCUCUCCAGGAGUCCUCAGUGCGGCCGAGGCUCUGUCGGGCGUUGCCUCACGCAGUGGAGGGCAGACUCUGUGCAUCAUAGAGUGGCAGCGUGGGCAAGUUUCAGAGCUUUCAUCCAGUGACUCAGUACUAUGGGUUUUUAGCAGGCACUGGUAGAGUUUACA